CAAAAAUGGGCCCAGGUUUCCUAUCAGCUGUCUAUGUGAUAGCUAAUACUGGGAAACAUGAACCACUACCUGAAUAUUAUGAUAAAAUUCCAGAUUUAAAAAACACAGCACAAAAUGUUGUAACAGGUCAAUUUACAGGUCAAUUAACACGAAGGGGAAAAGAGCAAAUGUAUAUAAUGGGUGCUAGGUUGAAACGACAUUAUGAAAAAACUCUUGAAGACAUUAAUAAUAGAAACAAUAUCAAUGUUACGGCUAUGAAUAAUCCAAGAUCUCUUUUAAGUGCAAAUUUACUUCUAGCUGGUCUCCUUGGUCAGUCCCGGGAAAAGAGCUUAACAGAUGAUUUUAAGUCAGAAGAAAAUAAAACUAAAAUACAUGAAUCUUACGAAAAAGCAUUAAAGGCUUUCUAUAAUGAUAAUCAAUGCAAACAAAUAUUCUCCCAAAGUGUGAAAAAAAACUUUGAUGGUAGAAAUACAACGUUUUCUGCACUAAAAAGCAAAGUACAAAAAAAUAUAAAAGAUGCUAAAGAUGAAGAUAUGUGGAAAUUGUAUAACCACUUUCUAUCCUUAAAAAAUGAUAACAAAGACCUCCCAAGUUGGUUGACCUAUGAUGAUUUGUUAGAUAUGAAGGAAUAUGUGGACACUUAUAUAAGAACAUUCUCCAAAACAGUUGAACUGAAGCAACUUUCUGCUGGUAAAUAUGUGAAAGAAUUCGUGGAUUCACUCGAUAAAUAUCAGCGACGACGAGAAGGGCCACCAAUAAAAAUAUUUGCUGCCGAAGAAAUGAGUUUUGCGGCAAUAGUAGCAGCAUUAGGAGGUGAUAAAAAUUUUAAAAUUUGUGACGAAGAAAAACCAUUUGGAUGGCCAAAGAAUGGAGCAAUGAUUAUAGGAGAAUUACACACAGAGUCAUCAACCAGAUAUAAAUUUUUUAAGCUUUUAUUUUGGGAUCCUGAUGAAGAAAAACCUCAAGAACUACAUUUAAAUAACUGCAAAGGUUGUGACUGGUAUCAAUAUAUGCAUACUACCAGUAAAAUAAGAGAGUUUGGGAAAAAUUCUAAAACUUGUCAAGGUUGACAAAAAUAGUAUAGAACAGUUCUUUAAUUAUUGUAUGUAAUA